AUGCCUGCAGAUAGCCAUCCUGUCCCGGUGCGAAAUGACUCGACUGGGUCGUCAUCGAUCACAUCGUCUGGUCAGAGCUCUGUGACGCCUACCAUCACAAGGAACUCGUCUUAUUCGAGCGUAGAUGAUGCUUCACCUACUCCGCCGCCAAAGGACGACUCGCCUGAAGCAGGACCAACUGCUCUCCCAAAAGUUGCGAACGAAGCCGUCCUGGUUGAGUCUCCCGUUCAUAUCAAUAAGCCUUCCAGAUCCAGUACCUGGGGCUCCACCAAUUCAAACACCUCUCAAAACCUCGACCUAGACAAGCCUCUACCCAUUCGACCACGACGAGCAGGAGAUGUCUCUAAAGUCGUCAACUUCUCACGACCCAACCCUUCACCCGUCAGAACAAGCCAGCGGUCGCCAAGUACUCAGGCACACAUUGCCUCCAUGCGGCAGCCAUCUCGGUCGCAUCAUCGAUCCGCCAGCAUCAAUGUACUCAUGCCGCAUUCACCGGCAACUUCGACACCUAUGUCCCCUCCAAGCCAUGGUCUCCGUAUCCGCAGCAACUUCAACUCCUUCAAACCUCUUGGCUCCCAUCCUAAUGCCCGCUCCCGAUCAAACACCGUCCCCGUCCCUGCUAUGCUUCCCGAACUUCCAGGCUCAUUGGUACCCGGUGUCCGUCCCCUAGCUGUUCGAAAGCCUGUUUCCCGAGCCCGCACUGUAUCCAACCCGGCCAAUAGACCUUGUACUAUCACCACUUCGACCGCCGAAUCAGUCAUCUAUCGCAUCAUGUCCCAAAUACACAGUGUACAGGACCUCGAAACGGCAGCUUUGGUAAGCAAAGGAUUUUACAACACCUUCGCCCGCAACGAGUCUCGCCUCGUUUCCCAACUCCUGUUCCGCACCUCGCCCGCAGCAUGGGAGACGAGACGCUCGGUUUUGGCAGUGGAAGGCAGCCAGCAGUUCCGAUUGCGCGAGUACUCGCGUGAUGUGCGCACAUUGGCAGCACUGAAGCGAGCUGUGUUGAGGAGCGAAAGGUGCGCCAGUGUGUGCCGCUUGCGCACGAUCGCCGCGCUGAGAGGUGCCGAUGAGGUGGCCGGGAGAGACAUCGACGAGGCAUUGUGGCGGGUCUGGACCUUCUGUGCCUGGUUCGGCGACAGCGCAGUCCAGCGAGCUGGCGAGGUUACCGCUGCGGAACUGGACUGGUUGAAUGCCACCCGAAGCCCGGGCAGAGCCGAGGGCUUUGCGACCGGAAACAGCUCGGGACUGUCGGCAGGGCAGCUGGAGGAUAUGAACGAAAUGUGGCAGUGUAUGCAGCUUUUACUGGACGUUUACCAGGGAACAACGGACGAGGCGUUGCGCGCUGGGUGGUUAGAUUUCUGGAACCCAAGCGAUGGCGUAUCCGAGGCGGCGUUUCUUCAAGAAUGGACGUCGUACUUGCUUACGCUAGGUCCGCAGGUCGUCCUCACAUUGGCCGGUGCCCCGAACGAUACUGCGAAGAAGGUUGGCCUCACACGCUGGCCAUUACCGCCUGCAGGUUACACAAGAGCUACAUUUCUAACGGCGGCUCUCGGGCGUGUGUAUCAGGAGCGACUGGUGGCCGAGGCUACAGCUAAAGCAGCCACAGUACCUCUGCCUAGACAGGCCUCAGCACGGCACCGCCAUGCGAAAUCCGUGGACAGUAGCUUCUCCAGCACCGUCCUGCGCGAUCCGCAAGCAGCGGCUCAGACGCUCCGACUCGACACCAGCACACCCACGAUCCGCCGCAGGCCCGUCUCCGUAUCCGUCCACCGCCCCCCUCCCCUCGAGAUCCGCCCGGACUGUGACCCAGCCUCUGCACACAGCCAGCAGCCAUCGAAAGGCUCAGUCGCCAUCACGGCGUUCCCGGCCUCUCCAACCACCGACCCCUCCUUCUUCCAUACCCUGACCAUGAAUCGCACAGCCAGCACGCGCUUGGGACCCAAUCUAUUCCCCGUCAGCUACGUGACAUCAACGCCGCGCGUCCCAUUUCCGUCGCACACGUACAAGUCGCGGGCCCCACCACCAGUCGCUGCAGUCGUUGACCCCACGGAUCGUGCGCUAAACUACCUGGUCUGCGACCUAGGAUUCGCAGAGCAGAACGCGAAGCGCGCUCUGGCCAUGACGGAUACAGGCAGUGGCAUCGAUUUGCCGAGGGCGGAGGAGCUGCUGCGAAUGGAGACUCGAAUGCGCGAAGUGCGCGCGCCAGUAGAGCUUCCGACGCCAGACGACAUCGUAUCUCCGCUCCCCAAGCUGUCAAAACGCACCAGCGUGCGAGCCGAAGACCGCUGCAACGGCCACUGUCCGCGACCGGUGACCAGGUCGAGGGAUAGCCUGACACCAACGCUAGCCACGAUCCAGAAGCGGGCCUCGGUGAUGAGCAAAGCGAGCAAGCAGCACGGGCGCAGCAAGUCUCUCGGCAACGCCACGGACUCGAGCGACGUGCCCAUCAGCCCCAUCACGGACAUUUACGGUGGGCACUCGGACUCGGACUCCCCAGUGGGCCGCGACGAUAUGUCUCUUGAGUGGCGCCGCGAGGCCGGCGGUGGCGACACCAUUGCGCCCCUCGUCACCAUGACCGUGUCUACGCCCAACAAGUCUGCGUCGUCCCUCGGCCGUGUCAUGAGCGGUCGCAGCGCGAAGGCGUGGCGCGUCCUUGGCGUGGAACAGGAACUGCAGCAGCGGCAGGGCGAGCAGCGCAAGCUUGCGGGCCUCGGCAUCGGGCGCAGCAGCAGCAAGAGCAAUGUCGUCGGCAUGAAUGAGUAUCUGGAGAGGGUGGAGCGGAAGAAGAGCAUGCGCACCAUGGCCGAGCAGUGGAAGGCGCAGCAAGGCACGGGUGAGGUAUUUGGCGUGCCUAAGAAUCACAACGCGAGCGACGAGGCUGGUGCUGGUAGUGCCGGUGCUGCCGGUGCUUCUGGCACGUCGUCGCCAGCGACGCAGGGGUUUCCGUGCGGCAACAGCGGCGGUCUAGGCGGCUUGAGACCCGUGGUGGCAGCGGAGCGGGAUGGCAGAGAUGAGAGUGGCAGGGGCUGGCGUCGGAGUGUGCUGGGUGGGGCGGCGCAGGGGCUCAAGCGGGAGAAGACGGCGAGGGAGAAGGCCAGGUGCUUGCCCGGAGGGGAGCGGCUGGCUGCAUGA